AUGACCCAGAUCCUAGAAGAGCAGCCUGUAUUUGGUGCCUAUUAUAGUGCUGAAGCACUUGCGGCUCAAUGUAGACAUUAUGAUGAUGAGCAAACCGGCGAAGAGCAAAGCAGCCAUGACGGUGACAGCGAAGACGACGUAUUCAAUAAGUUUAGAAAGAAGCACAUCACCAGGAACGUGGAACCUGUUUCGAUCAUCAAGCCAGAGGUCGAGUACCAGGCCAAGGUCCCUAGCCGGUCGUCGAUAAUCGGAAACAUCAGCCACAGGAGGUUGGACCGAGUGCCUGUUGCAGAGAUGGGUCGCACAGACAUCUGCUUUCCAUGCGGACUGGACACAUAUUCCCAUCCAGAUCUGCGCCUUCAAGAGCUCCCAUGCGGGCACUGGUGGUGUCAGAGAUGCCUGGCAAGAACCUUCAAAUUUGCCAUUGCCAAUAAUACGUUUCACAGGUUCCAAUGCUGCCAUGAGGAACAGAUCCCGCUGAGAUACUUUCGGGCCAUCAUUGAGAAGAAACCACAUCCAAAGCCAGAAUUCGAGCCGGGCUAUGAAAAGGGCUCAAAGAUGGAGAUUGUGCUGCCGGAGGAGCAGGAAGCCCCUACGUUUGCCGAGAGUCGAGACUUCAACCCACUCAGGGUCUCUGAGUCGGUGAGAAAGGAAUCUGAAGUGUUUAUUAACAAGAAUGACUGGAACAUAUACUUGAAGAAGCUAGAAGAGUUUGAGACGCGGCCAAGAGAUAAGCUUUAUUGCUACCGUAGGCUAUGCGGUAGCUUCAUCCCCCUCGGGGACAGAACUGGGACUAGGGCCACUUGUCCACAAUGCCAGCGAGUCACAUGUUGUCGUUGUCGCAAAGGCUGGCACACACACCAGAGUAAGGAUGGGAAGUGCGAUGCAGGUAAGGAAAGGAUGACUGUGGUCAGAAAUGACCGCAAGCUGAUCGUCAUGGCAAAGCGAAAGGGUUGGAAACGUUGUCCUCGCUGCAGGAUGUUUGUCGAGAAGGUUAAAGGAGGAUGCUCAAGUGUUUAUUGUAUCUGUGGCAGGCAUUUCUUCUACAGCUAG